AUGAUAAUAGUGGAAGAUAACUCACUGAGUAAAAUUGAAGACCAUGGUCCACAAGAAGGGGUCAGCGAGAGCCCCAGCACCCUUGAAUGCGAGGUGCGGAGCCCCGGAGCCCCCGAACCGCAGCCGCAUCCCGCGUCGUGCGCCCUGGAACCCCGCCGGGUCCGUGCGAUACCCUAGGACCUGCCUUUCAAGCAGCGGUGAAGCUUCCCCGACAGCUGUAAGGAGGUGCAGCAGCUCCACGACCAGCACCCCAGCAGGAUCCCGGUGAUCAUGGAGCGCUACAAUGAUGAGAAGCAGCUGCCAGUCCUGGACAAGACCAAGUUCCUGGUCCCAGACCAUGUCAACAUGAGCGAGCUGGUCAAGAUCGUCGCGCGCCGCCUGCAGCUGAACCCCACGCAGGCCUUCCUCCUGCUGGCGAGGCAGCACAGCACGGUGAGCGCGUCCACGCCCAUCGCGGAUAUCUAUGAGCACAACGAUGACAGCGGAUUCCGCUACAUGAUCUACACCUCCCAGGGAACCUGGCUUCUGAGCCAGCAGUAG